AAAAAAAACAAAAAGCAUUUCUUCUCUCUCUAGUGCUCAAUUUGUUCUCUAUUUCAAUUAGCUUUUUUUUCUUUCUCUUUUUCUCUAUUUACGCCACAUAAAAAACUGUUUAUUUUUCUUUCCUUGUCUCUUUUACUCAUCAUCAACCAUGAGCGUCGUUCAAAUCACAAACGUCAAUAUCCUCGAGCCCGAGUCGCACUUUCUGGCACCAUACAAGUUUGAAAUUACAUUCGAGUGCCUAUCGCCCCUUGAAGAUGAUCUCGAGUUCAAGCUGGUAUAUGUAGGCUCUGCAGAUAACACAACACUGGACCAGGAGCUCGACUCGCUGCUUGUCGGCCCGGUGCCCGUCGGUGUCAACAAGUUUGUCUUUGAGGCCGAAGCACCUAAAGUCGACAAGAUUCCCAACGAGGACAUUGUCGGCGUAACCGUAAUUCUUCUGUCGUGCUCAUACAAGGAAAAGGAGUUUGUACGGAUAGGAUACUACGUGGACAACCUGUACAUUGACGAGGAGCUGCAGGCCAACACGCCAGAGGUCCCCGUGCUCGACAAGAUUUUCCGCAGGAUCCUGGCCGAUAAGCCCCGUGUCACUCGCUUCCCCAUCAACUGGGACGACCCCCACAGAGUGGAGGUCCCGCCUGUGCAAAGGCUCGACGGUGAGAUGUGCGAUGACGACGAUAUGGACACCGAUCUCCGCGAUGGCGAUGAGAUCGUUGGCGGCGAGGACGAUGACGAUGAAGAGGAAGAUGAGCUUGAGGACGAGGACGAGGAGGACGAGGAUGAGAAGGGUGAAGUUGAUCUUGAUAUGACGGAGGAGCAGGACGAAGCUGAAAUCCUGAGCGACGACGACGACGAAGGCGCUGUGUAUGAGGACGACGACGACAACAUGGCCACUGACGAUGCAGAGCAUUCCAGAAGUGCCUUUGGUGCUGAUGCUGCCUCGUACUCUGCCAUCUCAACUGGCGGCGGCAUGGACAUAGAGUAAAAUGUAUGCCUUUUAAUGUUGCUUUAGCGUACGCUCCUUCCACUUUUAUAACUAACGCGCUUUUUCUUUAUAAAAAGAUAAUGAUA